GCGGCCUCUUUCCGGGAGGAGGCGGGGACCGGCGCGGCACAGGCCGGCCCGAGGCGGCGCGGGGUAGGGGCGCCUGAGCAGCCAUGCAGUCUGAGCGGGGCGGCAGCCGGCCCCGCAGGGAAGGUGGCCGGCACGGCCGGCGGCGGCCCGGCGGCGCGGAGAGGGCGGCCGAGGCGGCGACCGAAGGAAGCUGCGGGGACGGCCGCGGAGGAGGCGGGGGCCGGGGAAGAGGCGGCGCUCGCGGGCAGCGAGGAGGCGGGGGCCGGGGCAGGCGAGAGCCUCGAGGUCGCGGGGCAGCGGCGGCGCCCGCCGCUCAGCGCCACCGGCGGGUAGAGGAGGAUGAUGACACUGAAUCACGAGAGGAAGAAGAGAAGGAAGAACUGAAAAGCUUCUCGAGAAGAAAGAUUUUUUCCAACUGGAGCCGCUAUGAGGAUACAGAAAAGGAGGGACAGAGUGAACGUGGGGAAUCGCAGAGAGGGACAGACUUCAGUGUUUUGCUUAGCUCAGCAGGAGAUUCCUUUACACAGUUCCGAUUUGCUGACGAGAAAGAAUGGGAUAGAGAAAGCAUAUGCCAUAAGCAGUUAUCUGCACUUUCUGUUGACUGCCAGUCUUUGGUCCAGGCCCUUCAGGAAUUGCCUCUACAUCUGAGGUUGAAUGUAGCUGCUGAACUUGUGCAGGCAUCAAUACCUGUAGAGCUCCCACAGAUGAAGUCUAAAAUUAUUGAAGAUAGCAAGAGGAGAGAGCUUCUGUUCCGACAGUCUCUGGCUCAAAGUGAAACGGUGCUGGUCUCCCAUCCUGUUGGUGAUUCUCUUGCUCCCUCAGAGCCCAGAAGUAAAAAUGGUCCUAGAGCAAGUGCAGCAGAACCAUUUCAAAGAGCCCAUCUGCUAUCAAAGCAAGAGACUGACCAUUUGGAUGAAGAACUAGAUCUUCUCCUAAAUCUAGACGCCCCCAUUGAUACAGAAAACAAACCUGUCUCAGGUGCAUUAUCCUAUAACAGAUCAACUGAGAAAGAAAAAUUGAAAGUGGCUUGUAAGGAAAAUGACCCUUUAAAACUAGAUAUGGCUGAAGAGAAGAGUACAGCAUCACAGCAACAACAAAGUACAUCUAAAAACUUUACUGAGGAAGAGCUUGAAGACUGGCUGGACAGCAUGAUUUCCUGAAGCUCAGAUUUUCUUAUGUGAAUAGCUGAAUAUAGCAAACAUGAAGUAGGAAGUGGAAUCUUCCUUUAUCUCCUUGUUACUUCCUUCAUCUGUUUCACUUUGUUCAGUAUGCCAAAUGCCUGGUUUUCUUUGCUGGCACCUAAAAUUCUGUGCAGCCAAAAUUCAUUUAGAUGUGAUAGACAAUUGUCUAAGACUAAUAUUCUUAGAAAGGUCUAAAAUUUGUGAUGAAAUUAGGAUUUUCUUUGCUAAAGAUGCAGGCUACAGCACACUAAGAGAACAAUUAUUUCAGCUGUACUUGCUCUAUGUAGUCCUUAAAAUAAAGCUAUGAAUGAAUGAACAAUGAA